UGGCUCUCCCGGCCUAAGCACUCUCAUUGGCUGAGCUCGGUCGUUGGGGUGGGGCCGCGCCAGAGUGAAGACAACAAAGGGCGGCGGGAAGCCGGGCGGGUAGCAGUGUGCGAGUCUCUUGGUGCUUUCUUCAGCGGAGGCGCCCUUGCCUCCCGCCCGCCCUGCUCCAGAUGAAGUGUGAGCACUGCACGCGGAAGGAAUGUAGUAAAAAGACAAAGACCGAUGAUGGAGAGAAUGUGUCACCCGAUGUGCCCAGUCUGGCCCAGGAGAAUAGUGAGAAAGGAGAAUUCCAUAAAUUAGCCGAUGCCAAGAUAUUUCUGAGUGACUGCCUAGCAUGUGACAGCUGUGUGACUGCAGAGGAAGGAGCCCAGCUUUCUCAGCAGAAUGCCAAGGACUUCUUCCGGGUCCUGAACCUUAAUAAGAAAUGUGAUACCUCAGAGCACAAGGUGCUGGUCGUGUCUGUAUGUCCUCAGUCUUUGCCUUAUUUUGCUGCUAAAUUGAACCUCAGUGUCACUGAUGCGUCCAGACGACUCUGUGGCUUCCUGAAGAGCCUCGGGGUGCACUAUGUGUUUGACAUGGCGAUAGCUGCGGAUUUCAGCAUCCUGGAAAGUCAGAAAGAGUUUGUUCGUCGGUACCACCAGCACAGCGACGAGCAGCGUGCGCUGCCCAUGCUGACCUCUGCCUGCCCUGGUGAGCCCCGUUUCCAGGGCUGGGUCCGCUAUGCCGAGCGGGUGCUGGGCCACCCUGUCACCCCCCACCUGUGUACCGCCAAAUCCCCGCAGCAGGUCAUGGGCUCCUUAGUGAAGGAUUACUUCGCCAAACAGCAGCUUACAAAGUCACCAACAUUAGCAGAUGACAAACGUGUUGUCAAGAACCUGCCUCCAGAGAAGAUUUUUCAUGUUGUCGUGGCCCCUUGCUAUGACAAGAAGCUGGAGGCUCUUCAGGAGGGAUUCUCCACUGCUUUGCCUGGCGCCCAGGGCACCGACUGUGUGCUGACCUCAGGUGAGAUCACUCAGAUGAUGGAGCAGAGUGACCUCUCGGUGAAGGACGCUGCUGUGGACACUCUGUUCAGAGAUGCGAAGGAGGCAGUGGUGAGGCGCCAUGAUGGCACUGGCUCAGAUGGGCACCUGGCACACGUCUUCCGACACGCAGCAAAGGAGCUAUUCAACGAGCACGUGGAGGAGAUCACCUACUGCGCCCUGAGGAAUAAAGACUUCCAGGAGGUCACCCUUGAAAAGAACGGAGAGGUUCUGCUGCGCUUUGCUGCUGCGUACGGGUUUCGGAAUGUCCAGAACCUGGUCCUGAAGCUCAGGAAGGGCAAGUUCCCGUACCAUUUUGUGGAGGUCCUCGCAUGUCCUGGCGGGUGCUUAAACGGCAGAGGCCAGGCGCAGACGGAGCACGGACACACAGACAAGUUCGUGCUGCGCCAGAUGGAGGGCAUCUAUGCAGACAUCCCCGUGCAGCCCCCCGAGUCCAGCGCUCAUGUGCAGGAGCUGUACCAGGAGUGGCUGGAGGGCACUGACUCCCUCAAAGCCCAGGAGGCCCUGCAUACCUCCUACCAGAGCCCGGAGCGCUGCACAGCCGCCCUGGACAUGAAGUGGUGACGGGGCAGGGCGGGCUGUGUGGGGAGAGGACCACGCCGCCUGGGGGCCGGCCCUUCUGGAAGCACAGUGGGCAGCUCCGGUCAGUCUCCAGCUCUCCGCCCCGACACACAGCGCCAGCUGCUGCUGUCUUCAUCGUGAGUGGUUUCGGGGGACGAGCUCCCCGGCCUAAGUGUCCCUUUAUCGUAAGACAGGAAAUCCCCAAGAGUGAGGACAGAGACACACUACCGUCACCUAGAUUCCAAAAACCCCAGGUGUCCUGGGAAGAGCUGAAGCCGAUGACCACGCUCACGCCUCAGUCCUUGCUAGAGAAGCAGGGGCUGGGCUGCGGCCUGGGCCGCGGGGCCUGGCUCGGGUCCACCGGACAGGCCUGCCCAGGGUGCUCCUUUGCUCUCACGCAGCUCUGAGACCUGUAAGUUCAGGCAGCCAUGGCCAUGCCCGCCGUCACACCCGCCUGGAGCCACUCUGCCACUCGGGCCCUGUGGGCACUGGUGGCCAUGGCCUCAGGGUGGCCCUGGGCAUCCAGGCUUUGAGGUGGGCCCACCCCACCUCACGGCAGGGACAGGGCCUGACAGGAGUCACACACUGAGGGCACCCGCUGGAGCCCUGGACAGGGCCGGGAGAAGCCUAGCCGCCCCUUGGUCUCAGCGAAGGUCGGGAGCAGGGAAUGGGAGGCCCCAUCUGACGAUGUUGGAGGGGCCGCCCCUCACCCCGGCCUCUUGUGCCGAGAUGGCGCCCUCCUGCCCCUGCCCUGCUGGUGUGGGCUCACCUUGAAAGGAGGCAGCAGUGUACCCACCAACAAAACUGGCUGCCGGCGACAGAUUCCACAGGACCCUGUGCUCCCCCUGGGGCACUGCGUGUAACCAGUGUGCCAUCCUCUUCCGCGCCUGCACCUAUGUGGGUGGUGCCUGGACGUGUUAAACUGCAUCCUUUUUUUGCUUUCAAUCUUAUGGAGUCAGGAGUUAAUCCCCAAAGUAAGUGAUGUGAAAUAAACAGUUGCAGAGAGUGAAGUGGAGCGAGCCGGGCGAAGUCCACACUGGCAGCCCCGUGAGGCCCUCUGUGCAGCUUUGAGGAGGUGUCUGCCUGCUCUUGCUGAUGUCCACCAGGCCGGCAACAGCAGUGUGCACGACCCAGGGCAGUGGGGAGAGGCUCUCUUCCUCUACUCUGACCCCUUGGUGUGAGCAGCUGGUCAGGGGCAGGGCCUGCUGGGAGCAGUGCGCAGCCGGAUGACGGGGUCGGUGUCUGCCGGCCAGGGCAGAAGUGGGUGGACGAGCUCAGGUUCCUGUCCCACUCGCACCCGGGCUGCCCCCCGAUGGCCACUGCCCUCUGCUACUCGGGGCCCGAGGCAGAGCCGAGGUCUCAGUCAUGCGUAUGCUGGCCUGAGAGCUGGGACCUGCUGCCCUUCCUGAGUGAGGGCCCUCGGUCCUGCACUGGAGCCACUGCUUCUGUUUGGCACCAGCUUGGGGCCAGGCAGGGCGAGCUGUUAGGGGUCGUCACUCGGAGGGCGUCCUGUGGUCUCCCAUGUGUACAUGGUCGUGUGGCCCUCACUCCGCCAUGAAACAGGCCAGCACUUGUAAUUCCACGCUGUCUGUGCACACACCAUUUGGGUUUUUCCCAAUCUCUCAACAUUUGUCAAAGCAAAUAACACUCGGCUUUGAUGUUCAAAAAUUGAGAGUCUGUGCUGCACAGACCUUAGUGUCACUUUGGGAUACAAGGGGAAACUUUUUUUUUUUUCCAGUGUUUUGAGACAAGGUCUUGCUGUGUAAUUCAGGCUCGCCUUGAACUUGGAGUGAUCCUCCUGCCUCAGCCUCUUGAGAGCUGGGAUUAUAGGCGUGUGCCACCAGGGCCAGCAAGGACAUUUCUGAGUGAGAGCAUGUGUUUUGAAACAGAGAACAUGUGCAAGGGCUGAAAAUCUUACUUACCCUGAAAUACAAAUUAUAUUUGGCCCGAAAA